AUGGCGCAACUAUACCAGGAAGACCCUGAAGACACAACAAUGAGCGAAGGAUCCGACUUGGAAGAACUAGUCAGCCCCCACUUCAAAGAAACAACACAACAACAACAGUGGAGAGAACGCAAGAAGAAGCUAGAAGUCGAACUCUUAACUGAGGAAGUAAACCUACAAUACGACACACAACGCGAGAGAUCGGGACAACACGCCGACUACGCGCGACUCUACGACCACGUUUACGAAGAAUGGCACGGGAAAGGGAAAUUCCAAGGCACCACAGGACUCCGAACUAUCCGACUCGAAUCAUACAGAAAGGCACACGAGGCAUUCGGCGCCCCGCGCCUAGACAACGCACAACACCAACACGUCAGACUGACGGAAGGAUACAAACUAUGGAAGCAAUGGAUGGACGAACAAGUACACCCUAUACCAGCUCCUAACCGGGACCAGGAGAACAUGGGCAAAGGCGAAAGUUCCGUCACCUUGCAGAGACAAGACGCCAGAGACUACAGACCAGAGGCCCGAAGAGCCCUGAGUACGACCAGCAUCACAAUGACACCGCAGGACGAGGCAGCAUAUAAAGAAGCCAGCGAACGCCGCGAAAAGCGCAGGAACACGCGCAAAGACAGGAAGUCAAAAAACGACUCGGACCGUCUGUAA